GGUGAAGAGGAGGAAGAUGGCUGACAAGGUCCUGCCGCAGAGGAUCCGGGAACUGGUCCCAGAAUCCCAGGCCUACAUGGAUCUUCUCGCCUUUGAACGCAAGCUGGACCAAACCAUCGCUCGGAAGAGGAUGGAGAUUCAGGAGGCCAUUAAGAAACCACUGACGCAAAAACGAAAGCUGAGGAUUUACAUCUCCAACACUUUCACCCCAGCCAAAGAAGAAGGGGAGGGUGGUGAGCGUGUGGCCUCCUGGGAGCUACGUGUGGAGGGCAAACUGCUGGAGGACCCAAGUAAGCAGAAGAGGAAGUUUUCCUCCUUUUUCAAGAGCCUCGUCAUCGAGCUGGACAAAGAGCUGUAUGGGCCAGACAACCAUCUGGUGGAGUGGCACCGGCUGCCCACAACCCAGGAGACUGACGGCUUCCAAGUGAAGCGUCCCGGUGACGUCAAUGUGAAAUGCACUCUGCUGCUCAUGCUGGAUCACCAGCCACCACAGUACAAACUGGACCCUCGCCUGGCUCGCCUGCUGGGGGUGCACACCCAGACCCGUGCCAGCAUCAUGCAGGCGCUCUGGCUCUACAUCAAGCACAACAAGCUGCAGGACAGUCACGAGAAGGAGUACAUCAACUGCAACCGCUACUUCCGCCAGAUCUUUAACUGCAUCCGCAUGCGCUUCUCGGAGAUCCCAAUGAAGCUGGCGGGGCUCCUGCAGCACCCAGAUCCCAUCAUCAUCACCCACACCAUCAGCGUGGACCCCAAUGACCAGAAGAAGACAGCCUGCUAUGACAUCGAUGUGGAGGUGGAUGAUCAGAUGAGCAACUUCCUGGCUUCCACCACCAACCAGCAGGAGAUCGCUUCCCUGGAUGCCAAG